UUUUUGUAGAUAGUACUCCGUAUAAAUUUGGAUUAGUACAAAUGUACAAUCUCAAAGGCUCUGAUUAGCAGGAGAUAGAUUACAAUGGGGCUUUCCCGAUAAAGCAGCACACUAAAACAAACACUAUCUUUCUACAACCAAACCUUCAUUUCAUUUCCCAAGAAAAAUAGUAAAAAAAAAAAAACAGAAGAAAGACUGCAAUGGCGAAUGACCCUGAUGAUAUCUUUGCUUUUGUUAACCAAAUCCUGUUCCGUUCAUCUUCCCCACCUCAACAAACCGAACCUCGUUUCUCCAUGGCCGGGCCGUCCGGCGGUGGUUUCCCCUCUUCUAUGGGUCAUUUUCCGUCCGUCGAGAAUGAACCGGAUCAGUAUGAUUGUGAAAGUGAGGAGGGCAGUGAAGCUAUGCUGGAAGAGUUAUCAGCAGCAAAAUCAAGGGUACCUCGAAACACAAAGAGAAGCAGAGCAGCUGAAUUUCACAAUUUGUCUGAAAAGAGGAGGAGGAGCCGGAUCAAUGAGAAGAUGAAGGCCCUACAGAAUCUAAUACCAAAUUCCAACAAGACUGACAAGGCUUCCAUGCUUGAUGAAGCUAUUGAAUACCUCAAGCAGCUACAGCUCCAGGUCCAGAUGUUGACAAUGAGAAAUGGAUUAAGCCGCUAUCCUAUGUGCCUUAAUGGAGUGCCACAGAACCAAUAUCCCACUGUCGCAGUGGGCUCCUAUGGGAGAAACAGAUCUCCAAAUCCCAAUAUGACAGGGCCAGUCCAUAUGAACCAUGAUGUUUCUCUAAAUGGUAUGCGCAGUGUAGCCAUCAAUGGUCCAAACACAAAGCUCACAUCUGUGGCUACUUACUCCAAUGUUGUGAGCUCCGAAGCUACAAGCGACAUGGAAACAAUGCAGCCUCACCUUCCACCCUCUCAGCAGCCCAUUUCUUUGAAGGAAAAUUGUAGGGCAGGGAUUCUGUUUUCAGAUGACAUGGAUGGCUGUCAUUCAAGAAACAUGUCAAUUGGAGAAGCUUCCACUUCGAUUCCUUUUGUACCGGAACUAUCUGGCUUGAGAAGUGGCAGUUUUGAGUCCUACCAUCCAACGAGAAACCAAUCAGAUGCUUAUCACCCAACACACAUGGACUGCACCACUCCACAACUCUAUAAGUAAGCGGCCCUCCAUUUUUACUCGGCCGAAGUUUGUCUAGUUGUUAACAUAGCUCUGUUCGAAACUAUCAUAUAUCAGCAUUGGGGCUGGAAGAAAUGCUGAAAUAUGUUGGCCUUGGCUUGUAACUCCUCAUUACUGUAUGGGAUUGUCAUUUGUGUAGUAUAACAAAGAAAAUGUACGAUUAGGGUUGGUUGUAAUGCAUAGGCAAAACCUUCUGUAUAGUAAAGGCUACUAUAACAAAAGCAGUACGUAGUGGAUGCUAACUACUCCCUGCCCUAUAAUCUUUGUCUGAUCAUUGGGUAGUUCAGUUGGUUGAGUGGUGGGAAAGUUGGGACAGUGGAUGUAUGGAGGUUAUAGCUCCUAUGUGCUGGGUUGAACCUCUAGUGCACACUGGUAAAAGGUCUACUACUAUUCAAAGUCGCCAUGACUUACAACCUCCCAAAUGCCUUGUUGGGUUGGGGCGUGAGGGGCUUUGGGGUCUAGGAUUCAACCUUUUGGAACAUUUGUCCGAUCAUUUUUUUUCAUUUGUCCCACACAUUUUGUCUCAUACUUCCGUACUAUAUUAGGUAGUAUUAUGUGAUUCUAAGUCAUCAUUACUUUAUUUAGUUCAACACAGUCAACUUAACUCUUGUUUUAAAGUAUGGACUACGGAGUACUAUAUUUUAGUGAGUCUUGGAAGUCAAUAUAUAUACCAAGGGGUAUAUUUGAGUUAUUUACAUUUAUC